GACUUWAAUGCGCUCAAAAGUCGAAAGAAAAAGACUUCGAAACAAAUAUUUGGGAACAGCGACAUCACUCUUAUUUUCAAUCAAAGGCAAACAGCUAGCUGAAAGGUAUUCAUCAAUAAGAUCAAACGAAAUAAAUCGCCAUGAGGCGGAAACACGAAAGAAACAGAAAUUCGAUGUCUUCCAACGAUGCGGACUACGCUGCGGGAGGAAUUGCUGUUCCGCUUAUAACGAAAGCACCCGAUUCGACUGGUGGAGAAUCGCUGAUUACUACAACUUCUGAUAUCGAAUUCUACGAAGAUCUCAUCUCCGAUCCUGUCCUAGUCUUGGGUGUGGACAUAUCUCACCUAUCGCGGACGGGACAAUUUGUUAUUUGUGCAUCGGGGGUAUUUUUCUUCAGUUUGUUGUAUGGGUAUUUACAAGAACUUUUAUCAGUCCAGCUUUGCAGCCGGCAGCUUGGUCUUUACCUAGCGAUGGUGCAAUUUACGGGAUACACUGUCCUUGCCUACAUACUACGGAGCUACGUAUAUCGAAAACAAAAUAAAGGAAAAGCGACAAGGGCUAGAAAUUCGGUAGCCUCGUGUCAACUGACCGUGCCGUUUAAGCUCUAUCUUGGAUUGUCUCUGCUACGCGCUGUUGACUUGGCUAUGACUAACUUAGCGAUGCAAUAUAUCAAUUAUCCAGCGAAGACUCUCAUGAAGUCAUCCCGUGUAGUUUUCACCAUGAUAUUUGGUGUCUGYAUCACCAAUAAACGGUACAGUAUCACGGACUACACAAUUGUUUUGUGCAUGGUUGUUGGGUUGGCAAUUUUUAUGCAUGCGGAUGCAACUUCUUCUGCUGUAUUUCAACCUGCAGGUGUCAUCAUGCUGGUACGUGAGUUAUUGUUUUGUACGCUGUUUUCGUGUUCGAGGUUUUUGUUUCUUGAUUGAGCUGACGAAGUGCCCCAAACCUGAAAAACUCUUUCCGAAUUCUUCAUAUUUUUUCUUUUUCGAUGUCAUAGACUGUAUCCUUGAUGUGUGACGGAGCUAUUACGAACAUGUCUGAAAGUAUAAUGAACAAAUACAACGUAGGACAAGAUGAAUUCAUCUUUCGAAUGUACAGUAUUGCCUUGAUUGCAAUUGUUGCAGCUGCUGCAGCGAAGGGUGAUUUGAUAGAAGGUAUGGCAUGGAUAAUGGAACCUGGUACAUACGAGGAGCAACAAAAUAACGUUCCAUUGGACCAACGAUUGUGGAGUUCUUCCGGAAAAAUCACUGUCAUAGUUUUGUUUUCAUCGAUGGGUUUUUUCGGAAGUUCCUGCGCGGCAGCCAUAACAAAACAAUUUGGUGCUCUAUCMAUGUCCAUUACGUCGGUGUCUCGAAAAGCUACCACGCUCUUUCUAUCCUUCUUACUGUUUGACAAUGAAUGCACCUAUCAACAUGUAGUCGGAAUCAUAAUAUUCAUUUCUGCCCUCACUGCAAAAUCCGUACGAAGAAGGAACAAGAGACGAAAGCAAUCCCUUGCCAGCGGCGACUGGGAUCGAAGAGUUUCCACCCUAGACCUGGAAAUGGGUGGAUCUGGGAGUGGUUCAAAUAGUGAAAAGCACGAAAAAAUGUCUCGAGCAUCAUCAUAUAGUUCCAAUGACAGUUAUGAUACGAUUGACUCAGCAGACAAGUUCKUAAGUCGGCGAAAAGUUUCGUCGAACCAUACGACUAUUAUUGAACGAAGUCCCAAGGUAUCAAAACAUCGAUCGCGGUAUCAUGUUGUAUAGACUUUACUAUUUUUAAAGCGUGUAUGGACCCACGCUUUUGAAAACAUGAAUGUAUGAAUACAUGAAUUCAAAAAUUAAUUCUAAAUUUCCCUAUUUACACCCUCUGCCAUCCAUUUCUGUAAUUGGAAAAGACGAUCGUCAACGAAUACAAGAAUAAUAUAGGAUACAGUCG